CUGGGCUGUGGUAUACUCUACGUUCGGGAGUUUCCUAUUCAUUUAUUCAUUAUUUCUACCUUCUCUUUCUUCAAUUGCACGUUUGUAUGCCGUGUGUCACAGGGCUUUAGUGGGAGCAUCUAGAGGUGUCUGGACUAAAUUACAGGAGAAUCAUUAGGUUGCAACUACCGCCUCAGUGUUGUAUGAACCGAAGACCCAGGUUCCAAUAUGUGGAUACAGGUUCGUCUCAUCAGCGGGGCAAAGACAGUCCGCAUUGACAACUUGAGCAAGCUUACCAAAGUCGAAGACCUUCGGACGCGUCUGGUCGAGCCCUUCGAAACAGAAACAUGCAGGCAAAGGCUCUUCUUCCGUGGAAAACAGAUGGAAGAUGGCCAUUCACUCUUUGAUUAUGAUGUUGGCCUGAAUGAUCUUAUUCAACUCCUGGUGCGAAAGGAUGUGUCUGCUGAUUCCCAGAAGUCUGACUCUGAAACUAAAGAUUCAGUCGAAGAUGCAAGUGCAAGUUGUGAGAAGCCUGCCUCAGAUGAUGGGAGCAUUUCUGACAAAGAGAAUAAAGAGCCUGAUGAAGCUGAGCUCCAAGCAUCCACAAGCCAGGUAGUUCUUGGCGACUGCAGAAACAUUUAUAAGGUUGACGAUAUUAUUGAUGCUCGUGAUGUCACGAUGGGAGCAUGGUUUGAAGCAAAAAUUGUCAAGGUGGAAGAAGGCUAUCAUGAAAAGAUCAGAGAAAGACUAGAGAAUAGUUCUUUUAAUCCCUUGAAAUCUCACAUUGCUGCAGAAAAGACUUCAAAAGACAAUUGUGCUCAGAGUACUGAUGAACCCAUGGAGUUUGGAGGUUCUAGUGAUAAAGUGGUGACUGACACUCUUUCGCCUUCAGGAAAUGCAUCAUCAUCAAAUUCAUCUAGUGAAGUGCCAAAAUUUCCUCAUCAAGGUGUUCCAGAUGGAUUUUCAUAUCAUAUAUGUUUUGAAAAGUAUCCUGAAGAUGUUCUUAUGGUGCUCAGCACUGAAAUCCGACCUCGUGCCAGAACCCUCUUGCCUUUCUCUGAUGUUCAGAUUGGUCAACACAUAAUGGCCAACUAUAACUACGAAGAGCCAGACACAAGGGGGUUCUGGUACGACUGCUGUGUCACCGACAAGAAAGAUACCCGCACAGUGAAAGAACUUGUUGCAACUGUAUAUAUUGGUGCUGACUUAACUCCUCUUCAUGAUUGCCGCCUUUUGUUCAUCAAAGAAUUAUUUGGUAUAGAAGUGCCUGGAACCCAACUCACAGAGGAGGAUAUUGCUGCAGACCCCAAGAAUGAUGUGGAAAAAAGGGAGAACAAACCUGAGUGUGACAAGUGUAACGACAAUCCACGUAGGAAAUGCAAGCAUUGUGGUUGCCUCAUGUGUGGUGAUAAGAAAGACCCAGAGAAGACAAUUUUGUGUGAUGAGUGCAAUCAAGCCUAUCACUUGUAUUGUCUGAACCCACCACUUGAAACUGUGCCCGAGGAAGAUGAAUGGUAUUGUCCUCAAUGUAAGAAUGAUGAAACUUCCAUUGUUCGAAUUGGUGAAAAGCUGAAGGCCAGUAAAAAGAAGUCUAAGAUGGCAUCAGCUAAUAGCACAAGCAACCGAGAUUGGGGGAAGGGUAUGGCAUGUGUAGGAAGGAGCAAGAUGUGUACCAUUGUGUCUUCCAACCAUUAUGGUGCGAUUCCAGGUGUUGAAGUCGGAACAAUGUGGAAAUUCAGAGUACAGGUCAGUGAAGCUGGAGUACAUCGACCCCAUGUAGCAGGUAUCCAUGGUCGAGAGGAGGAUGGGGCUUUCUCUAUUGUUUUGUCUGGUGGCUAUGAAGAUGAUGCUGAUGACGGAGAAGAGUUUUUCUACACUGGCAGUGGUGGAAGGGAUUUGUCGGGAAACAAGCGCACGGCAGAACAAUCUUGUGACCAGACUCUUACACGAAUGAACAAAGCAUUGGCUAAGAACUGCAAUGCCCCUGUGGAUGGCAAGAAAGGAGGUGAGGCCAAAGAUUGGCGAGGAGGAAAACCUGUUAGGGUUGUGCGUAAUUGCAAAGGGCGUAAACAUUCCAAGUUUGCCCCAGAAGAAGGAAACAGAUAUGAUGGUAUUUAUAAGGUGAUUAAGUACUGGCCUGAAAAGGGCAAGUCUGGAUUCCUGGUGUGGAGGUACCUUUUGAGACGAGAUGACCCCUCACCUGCCCCAUGGACCAAGGCUGGGCAGAAGAAGAUUGAAGAACUUGGCUUGGAGAUGCAGUAUCCAGAAGGAUAUCUGGAAUCUCAGAAAGAGAAAGAAAAGGAGAAGGAAAAAGAGAAAGAAGAAGAUACCCCAGGGAAGAAAAAAGGUCGCAAAAGGAAGUCUGAAGUAGCUGCACCUACACCAGAUUCCGAUGUGAAAAAACAGAAAACCACGAAGUACUCCAUUAGUGAUGAAGUGAAAAAGUUGAUUGAAGAUGAUAAAGUAAACAAAAAGCUGUGGGAUGAAGCUCUGCAGUGUAUGUCAGGAGGCUCAAAGGUGUUUCAUGACAAAGUGGAGGAGGUGUUUCUGUGCAUUUGCUGUCAGGACAUUGUGUGCAAACCCCUUACUCUCAACUGUAGUCACAAUAUAUGCAAGGGUUGCUUACAGAGGUCCUUCAAGGCGGAAGUCUAUUCUUGUCCUGCCUGCCGUGCUGAACUUGACAAAGGCAUGAGCAUGACCAUCAACAAAACACUUGGAGAUGUCCUCAAUAAGUUGUUCCCUGGUUACGAGUCUGGCAGAUGAGACUGAUGCCUGUGGGACUGUGUGAAAGAUCUGAAUGUACAGCUGUCAUGUGAAGGGACAUACAGUAGUUAAGCAUGAAUUUUUAUACCUUGAAGUACAUCCUGUGUAUUUUUAUGCAGCAGGUUGUCAAAAAUGUCAACCUUUUUAUAUGAGCAGGCAGCUGUAAAAAGAAGACCCAAACUAUAUUUCUAUGCAAAUGUGAGCAUUGACUUUCUUUUGAUGUUUUGAUGAUAAUCGUUGGCCAUUUUGUGUUUUUGCCAUGUUCCUUCCUCAUAUGCAGUACAUCACUAAUCCUUUUCUUGUAUUGUUUCAUUUUUGUUAGUAUGAUUGAUCUAUUCUUUCCUUGAUGGCGAGAUAUGGAUAAAAGAAGGUAGCGAUGAUUCCAAUGUUUAAAAUGGGAUGGGUCUUAAUUGAUCCUUUGAUUUUUAUUUGAUUCACAUUUUGAAAGAAAAGUAUUUGUCAGACUUUGUGUUUUCCUGAUGGUAUGUUUUGUUGUCAUUUCAUUUACUUGUAAAGAAUUUUUGUAACCUGCCUUACAUAUAUUCAAUAUGGCAGCUGUGUGUUGGUACAGUGCCAAAUGAGUGGUGUGGCAAGAGGAAUCAGUUGACCAUAUUUUCCAGUGUUAUUUCUCAUCCUAACGUGUUUCAGUACAUUGGUUCAGGUAUCACUGAGAACUGAGAUUUUUUUCUCCUUUUAACAAAAAAAUUCAGUUCAGUUGUCUUGAUGUGUUUAGGUCACCUUUUUUUGUGAAAUUCAAUAAGCGUAAGAGAGAGUUCAGGUGGUAUUGAUUCUUAUUUGAGCCUUAACAGUGAAGAUGUUGUCAUGUGAAAAGUAACUGAUGGUAAACUGACCCUUGGGAACUUUUAUUCUCCGUGUUGUUUUGUUUUCUUCUGCAGUGAACCUCGAUAAAUGGCAAAUAUAGGCAGUUUCCACUUCUGAAAUGUAGGACUGAAGUAAAAAUCACAGCAUAAUCAAUGCCUUGUAGUUUUAGUAAUUCUGAUAAUAAUAUUUUGUUUGACAAGGUGAGUCUAUCCCUACAUAAUAACUAGUUUCUCAGUUCUAUUAAUAAUAAUGGUUUAUGGUCUCAGCACAUGUUCUCAGCAGCAAAGGAGACCUGUCAGAUCUGUUCUGUUACGGAUGUAGAGCUGACAGCUCGAGUUUUAUAAUAUGAAGCAUACUACUAUAGUAACAAAGACUUAAAACCGUUCAGCUUUACCUUAUUGUUGGGUAGUUCACAAAGAUUUCAAGGAUAUAUUAAUGCCAUUCUUCAUUAGCAUAUUUUGCAGUGCAAAGUGAUUUACGACCAACUUAUGUGCUGUGACUAAUAAUAUUGUCUUGUGGCUUCUGUCAAAACCUUUGGUGAUACAUGAUUGCUGUUACUGUUAAGUUUUUCUGUUUUGAUUGUUUGGUACUGGAUCUGAGAUGUAAGUUGUUUGAGGCUCUGUUCACGUGACGGUGAAGGGUUAUGAGGUUAAAUCAGGGCAUUUGAAAUUGCGAAAGUCUUGAUGUAUCUGGUGUUUUGUGCCUUCUCUAGGAAAUAAGAAACUUACUGAAAGACUGUGUAUCUCGAUGAACUUUCUGAUUCCAGUCUGACAAAUGUAGAUUGUAGAUGACAAUUUUACUGAAAGCAGUAGAGUUGGUUGUAUCUGACACUGACAGUGAAGAAGUUGGGUGUAGUGGAGGGUUAGGACACAUUUGAAUCCUCUUUUUUGGAGGAAUUGCUAUGUUGAUCUAUUUCUGCUUAUGGCUACUACUUAAUCCCCCUUGUUGGGACCGGUGAAGGCAAGUUUGCAUGAAUUUAUUUUCCCUUUCUUUUGAUGUACUAAUAUAGUAAAUAUUUCUAUCAAACUGAUGUGCGAGUGGGAAAAAUCUGUGGAAGUCAGUAGAAAUAUUUUUGUUACAAGUGAGGUCAAAUAGUUAAAUACUUGGUUCCUACUUUUGCCCUUGACCUCAUGUGUGUUUUUAAACAACCUGAAGUUUUUUUGUUGGUAAUUUUUUGUCCAGCAUAUGAAGCUCCUGUCAGUCAUAGCCUUAAACUUUCAUUGUUUUCGUAAAUGCGAACUUUACAGAUUCUUUUAUUUUCCUUUUGUUCCCCAUUACUCAGAAUUUGAAGCCUACUUCCUUUUACAUUGUAUGCAAAGUUGGUCUGCUGUGGAUCAUGAAGAUCUGGACUUAACUUUUUGCAAAUAUCCCCUCGUUUUGCUUUAGUUUUAGCAUUUUAGGCAAGCUUUCUAUUUUUGUACCUUAUUCUGUUGCAAUAUUUUUUUAGAAGCACAGCUGAAAAGGGUGAGUCUCCUGGUUUUCUAGUUAUAGUUGCGAACUUGAGACGAAAGCGAGUGCCUCAUUUUCACACUUAAGGAAGCCCACUUUGUGUGCUUAAUCGGAAAGAUUAUAGUUGCAGCCUUUUGGUCCUAAUGGCCCCUGGUUGUCUAAAAAUAAGUACAGUUGUACUUAUUUGCUGAUCUUGUAGAGCAUUGUAGUUAACUAUGCAUUAUCGACACAAUUAUCGUUUAUGAAUUUAUAUGCAAUUUCUUCAUUAGAUGCUAGUGUGAACUAACAUAAAGGGAGACACUCCAAAGACAACAAAAUUUUUGUUAUGUAUAACUGAAGUAUCGUUUUGAGUCAUAUCCUGGUGAUAUAAUAGGGUUCUCUAAGAUUUUGACUCUUUGAUCUUUCAGUCCUACUUGGUUGCCUGCAAAAUGAUGUAAUCUAGCAUUACAAAUUACUUACUUACCUAUAGCGCAGUAUCCUUGAAAAUUGCAGUGGAUAUUAAAUAUAAAUAUGCACUAAUUUUUAAGGGAAUUUUGUGUUUGUUAAUGUUUGACAGGUACGUGAUUUGAAAUUAUUGCUAAGGUACUCUGAAUCGUAUUCUAUUUCAAAAACAUUAAUUUGUUCAAAACCCUCUGAAAACAGGAGCACUUUAAAAAAAAAAAAAAAACAGAUUGAAAAGGCAGAUUUGGUAAAAUCAUCAUCAUUGUAACAUAGCCCUAAAAAUUAAAUUUAAAAAAGAAAAAAAAAACAGUUUGUGUGCCCUAAGUUUUUUGGGUACAAAUGUUGGUACUGAACACAUCAAGGGAUAUAAUUCCAUGCCCGCAUUGAGAUAUUUGAAAACCCUUAACAUGUUUAGAGCUACUUUAACAAAGCCGUUUUCACCCAUUUUGCAGGUUUAAGACCUAGUUCAGUGGUUCAGGAUAUAUUUUUCUGUCUAGAUUUGCUUUUAAAAAAUCAAUAUUUUAGCACUAACUCGACCUCUUGAGCAUGAAUUAAUCCAUGGUAGACCUCAAGCAGAGAUCCGUAUAUUUGGGUUUCUGUACUGUAAAGAUUCUGUUUUCAGGCCGCCACCUAGUUCAGUUACAAAGUGCCUGGUCGUGAAUUUUGAAGUUGAAAAACUACUGUCCUUUAAUUUUUUGGGUUUGCAGAAAAGGCAUAUUUUUUUCUGUGAAAGAACAUGCAAAAUUCUGACAGUUGUAAAGCAAAGUAUUUUUAUUUCAAAUUAAGUUUGAGGCAUUCUUCAUAACAUCUAUUUUGCUCCCAAGUUGUUUAUGUUUUUUAGCCAUUUGAAAGGUAGGGCUAAAUGGUGUAAAGAAAAGUCUUCAGCUGACAACUUUUCUGCCAUAAGAAAGCAGCUGUGUACCCCACUUGAAAACAAAUGAGAAACAGUCUUGUAUCUUUACAAUUUUUUUUUUCCCUCCUCGUAUUUGGCAUUUCUUUUCGAUAUAAAGCUGACAUUCCAUUUUGUAAAGAAGUUGCAGUAGUUUCUGAGCUUUGAAGGGUUCAGGACCUAACUGAAUUUCUGUCAAGAACUAAUUUGAGGACAUCAGGGGGAAAACGGCAUCAUGUGUGAGAAAAAUGUUGAGGAUUUGUGUCUUUCUUUGAAGUGUUCAUAUGGACUACUGCCAUUCUUUCCGUAUACAAAUGUUCUAAAUAUGUCAUUAGUACGUGACUGCAGCGCAGCUGUUUCUGAUAGGAAUGAUAUUGAUUGAUGGUGCGGAACAAACCAAACAAUAGAUCAAAAGACAAAAAUGGAAAACUGACUAAUGCCAUUUUCCCUCUGUACUCUUCAUGUAUUUGUACCUUGUAUAUAUUCCAUAUUCACUUCAACAUACCUAAAUGUACAUGUUAGGCAGGUUUGUCAUGCAUUUGCUCCUUCUCAACAGCAAGAAUACAUUCAUCCUACUUAUACAUUUUUUGUUUUACAAGUCUUCAUAAUUUUUGUACUUGUGGAUUAUACUUGAGUCUACAUUGUGAGCUGUCUCUGAAAAAACACUGCUUUUUCCAUUAAAAAAAUUAUAUGUGGCGUUUGUAAUACUCAGCGUUUGGCAUGUUUUCAAAUUUCUUUUGUAUUUGGCUCUUACAUUGUUCACAGCACAUCGGCAUAAUGUAUAAAAGAUAAUGAGCAUAUUUUUCAUCUCUCUCACCUGCCACUAAUAAGCCUAUGCCAUCUUCAUUGUAAUCAUCAAUUUUAUUACAAAUAAGGAACUGUUCUUGUGGUACUGAAGUUCCGUGAUAAUGAAACCUAGAGCAGUUACCAUAUUUGCCUUAUUUUUCAGUGGAGUUUUGGCUUCCUAACUGGUAGAAGUGUGAGAUAAAGUAGUACUAACACUGAAGCAGAAUGCUGCCAGAACUACUUCAUCUUCUGUGCGAGUGGGACAAAAUCAAAACUCUUUGUACAGAUUGUAUAGAACAUAGACGAAGAUUAUUUUUAGUCUCUUCACUGCCCAUGUUUUGCUUUGACAAUGCGAAGACCAAGGUAGCUGUAUAAUUUUAUUCCACUGUUGACCUUGUUUACUCAGAGCUUCCAAGAUAUCUUUGUUUUCUGUCACUAGUUCUACCUCGAGUACGACAGGUCUACCUCGGGCCUCCCAACUGUAACCUCGCUUGUCUCAACUUAACAUGCUCUUUGCAAUAAACUCACUCAAAGAAACUCCUUUUCAUCUGGCAGAUAAAUAGUCAUGGCCCCGAUGAUUUUUUUUUCUUGUUUCCUUCAAAAUAAAACGGCCCUCUUAGUUUAUUUAGAAUAAGCCCACUGUAGCCAUACAGUGUGCCUUCUUGCUAAGAUUAAAAACCUUGUAAAGUCCAUUUUGUAUGAUGAAUGCGAUUUGUUGUAUUAUAAACAUGUAUUAAUAUUAAUAAAUGUUCAUGGUUUUUAGGUAAGACAAUUACAGUUAAACCACAAGUUUUAAAGUAUUGGCUUGUUCUAAGACCCCGGUUGGAUUUUAGAAAAUUCAUGUUAACACACCCCCCAUAUCUUUCUUUUCCCCUCAGUCUUGUCAGCCAUCAUGAAUAUUGAUGAAGUGGACAACACUUUUGUCCAAAGUGAACAAACAUUUUUAUCCCCCUCUCUGUUUCCCUAUUGACAUUUUUUGGGUCAUAUGAAAGAUAACCCACAUUCCUAAAAUUUUUAUAGAUAAUGACUGGAAAUUUAUUGCAAUGCUCUUUGUUCCUAGUGGUAGAGGAAGGCAGUGUUUAAAAAUGUGUUUCUUUGAACGUUUUGUGCAGAACUCUGUUCAGUUUUCUGUUUCAAACUUAUAAAAAUAAUGUUCUUUUUGUGGCUUUAAGUGCACACACUGCCUUUUGUCUUUGGGUACGACUUGAAGCCUCCACUUGUUCCUGUCUUCUCUUGACCAACUUGUAAUGCAGAGUGGAUGGAUUUUUUUUGUUUUGGAGCAAAUACAAACCUUGUCCUCCAA